AUGUAUAUAAAUAAUCUUCCACAUUAUGUUUUAUAUAAUAUAUGUAAAUAUUUAUCUUUCAUUGAUAUUAUAAACUUAUCAAAAACAUGCAAACAAUUAUAUAUUUUAAUCGAAAAAGAUAAUUAUUUUUGGAUGAUAUUAAUUCAAAAUCAUUUUGGAUCGAAAUUAUAUCAACGUUAUGUUAAUGAAAUAUUUCAAAACAAGAAAAAUUCCAAUUAUGUUUUAUAUCGUACAGAAAAAGAUAUACGAAAAUUUGAAAAAUAUUUUCGAAGAUAUUCAGAAUUUCAAAUGUGUAAUAUUUGGUUAUUGAAUGUAUUAAAUAGUAAAGAUAAUAGUGAUGGUUAUAUAGCUCAUAAAAGUAUAGUUGAACAAAACCAACGUCCACGUACAAAUGAAUUAAAAAUGUCUUUAACAAUUGAAGAAUUAUUUGAAUCUUAUUUCAAUAAAAAUAAAUAUUUAAAUAAAGAAAAUAUUCUACAAAUAUCAAUAUAUAAAUUAAUUUAUUUUUAUUUCAUUGAAUCUAAACGUUUAUUAGGUGUUGAUUUAUUUGCAAUAGAUCUAUCUUGUACACGAAAUCAUAGACAUUGUCCCGUCCAAAAAUAUCUCAAUCAUGAAUAUGAUUCAAAUAGUUUAACAGGUCGAUGUGUCCGCUUAUAUUCAAUUCGAUCGGGAUAUCUAGCUGGUAUAAAAGGAAAAUUUAAAUCAAUAUUACCUGGAAUCUAUGAAAUUAUAUGUCGUAUUAAAUUGGAUAAGAACAAUGAAUAUUUAACAUAUUAUAAUGAACGUUGUAGUAGAAAUCAUGCAUUAGAAAAAAAUGUGGAAGGUUAUUUUUAUGCAUUAGCUGAUUAUGGUCUUGAUUGUGAAUGCGAUGGAAAAAAAAUGAAUUUUGAUUGGUUUGAAUCAAACUAUUUAUUACAUGGUAAUACUAAUUGGUAUAAUGAAACGAUGGGUAAAAUAAAAGUAUUCGAAUUAUCGGAUAUUUAUUUUGGAUUUCGAAUUAAAUUAGAUUAUGGUUAUCGCAAUAUUUUAUUUGACUACAUACAAUUAAAUAUUAUUGAAUAA